CAGCUUCCAACGACCGCCAGCGCUAUUGGGUGUCAGCAGCGUUGUCGCGAGACCGCCACCUGCUCGUCCCCUGACUUCGUUACACGAGGCUUCAUGGCUUCAAUGCAGAGGACAAAUAACCCAUCAUGACACGGAUCCUCCUUCUGCUGCUGGUCGCCGCGACUACCACAGUCUCGGCCGACUGUCCCAGCUACGAGAAGUACGCCCGCGAUCGCCACGAGCCCUUCUCCAAGGGCCGCUACGCGUUUCCCUUCCAGCGCCCGGACGAGAGCUGCCGCACCUACGCCGUGCCCGCGGUCGAGCAUACGAUAUCCAAUGAGAUGCCAGGCGCAAUUGGAGAUCCGGAUCUAUAUCGGCUUUUUCAGAAUACCUGGCCGAAUACCGUAGACACGACGGUUCGCUGGCGGGGCGUCGCUGCAGACAACCCAGACGAGGAGCUCGCUUUUAUCACCACCGGAGAUAUCGAUGCUAUGUGGCUGCGCGAUUCAGCGAACCAACUUCAGUCAUACAAGUCCAUCAUCUCGCGAUCCGCCGCCAACGACAAAGAGAACGACAUCGCCUCCCUCUUCCGCGGCGCUAUAAACCUCCAGGGCCGCUACAUCCGCGAAGCGCCCUUCUGCAAUGCCUUUAGACCUCCUCCGGAAGCCAAGCACACACGCUCCGAGCGCGACAUUGGGCCCCGGGACAGAGUCCACCCCCAGUAUAACCCCGACGUCGUCUUCGAGUGCAAGUACGAGCUCGACUCCCUCGCCGCCUUUCUCCAGCUGUCGUGGGACUACUACGAGGAGAGCGGGGAUGCCGACUUCUUUGGCAAGUUCGCAUGGGUCGACACCGUCAAGAAGAUCCUCAAGGUGGCAGAGCACAUGCAGGAGGGCACGUAUACCGACGAGGGCGAGGUUCGCGACUCGGUCUACACUUGGCUGCGCGAUGCCGACAGCGCCUCCGAGACUGUAUCCAACCACGGCCGCGGCGCCCCCAUCAAGGGCAACAUCGGGCUCGUCCGCAGCUUCUUCCGGCCCUCGGACGAUGCCUGCAUCUUCCAGUACUUCAUCCCCGCCAACAUGAUGCUCGCGCGCUACAUGACGUCGUGCGCCACCAUCAUGCGCAAGCUUGACGGUAAGGUGGCCGAUCAGAUGGAGAACUUGGCGGCGGGAAUUGAGAUUGGUAUUAAUGAGCAUGCCAUCAUUCCGCACCCCAAGUUUGGCGACAUGUACGCUUAUGAAAUCGACGGCUUCGGCUCGUUUAGCCUCAUGGACGAUGCCAACAUUCCCUCGCUCCUCAGCAUUCCUCACAUGGGUUAUAAGCCCGCCUCCCAGCACGUUUACGACAACACCCGCGCCUUCGUCCUCAGCUCGUCAAACCCUUACUACGCCCAUGGACCUGUUCUCAACGCCACCGGCGGCCCACACCUCGGGCCCGGCAUGGCUUGGCCCAUGGGGCUCAUCAUCCAAAUGAUGACGAGCGACAACGACGAGGAGAUUGCGGACGGCCUCAGACAGCUCUUGGGAUCGACAAGCGGGCUUGGCCUGAUCCACGAGACGGUGAAUAGUCAUAACGAGAAUAAAUGGACGAGGUCAUGGUUUGCGUGGGCGAAUGGACUGUUUGGCCAGAUGAUUUUAGACCUCUGGAAGCGAAAACCGGACUUGAUAGCAAGGAGUUAUCAGGAUAGCGCAAAAUCAUGAAGCAAUGUAACCUAUAGAACGAGAAUCUA